CAGUGGAUCCAGUACGGCAGCAUCAACAACAUCUUCAUGAGUUUCUACGGCGUGAGCACCUUCGCCAUCGACUGGCUCUCCAUGAGCUACAUGCUCGUCUACAUCCCCCUGCUCUUCCCCGUCGCCUGGCUGCUGGACAAGAGGGGCCUGCGCUUCAUCGCCCUGGGCGGCUCGGCCCUCAAUGCCCUGGGCGCCUGGGUGAAGCUGGGCAGCCUGAAGCCCCACCUCUUCCCCAUCACCGUCCUGGGCCAGGUCAUCUGCUCCCUGGCCCAAGUCUUCAUCCUGGGCAUGCCCUCACGCAUCGCCUCGGUCUGGUUCAGCUCCCACGAGGUCUCCACCGCCUGCUCCAUCGCUGUCUUUGGGAACCAGCUUGGCAUCGCUGUGGGCUUUCUAGUCCCUCCAGUUCUGGUCCCCAAUGUGGGGGAUGUGGAGAAGCUGGCCUACCACAUCAGCAUCAUGUUCUUCAUGACUGCGGGAGUGGCAACAGCCCUAUUCAUCCUGGUCAUCAUAG